AUGCAAUCCACAUCAUCCAAAUAUCACCGUGUUUAUAUUAAGAAUCUUAGUUACUUCACUUGUGAAGAAGAUUUAGAAGAAUUGUUUAAGAAAUAUGAACCAGUAAGUGUAUUAAUUCCAAGUUAUACUAUCAGGUUUAGUAGAAAAGAUAGACAGAGACCAUUGGGUAUUGCUUAUGCUGAAUUUAAAACUCCUGAUCAGAUAGAUGCUGUUGUAAAAGAAUUUGAUGGAAUCAUGCUUAAGAAUAGAAAAAUGAGUGUUAAGAAACAUUAUCCCUAUAAUCCAAAGCGUCGUAAUAUGUUUAAAAGAAACGACACCAAUCAGAAACCAAAUGAAACUGAAAAACCUCAAGACUCCACAAAAGCUAUUGUUAAGAAAGAUAACAAACCAGUUGUAACUAGAGCAAUUGAAGUAGUUCCUAGUAAUAACAAUGAUGAACAAAAGUCCCUUGUCUCUAUUGCAAAUUCCGAGCUCUCUAUUGAUACUGUAUAUAUUCCAAAGGCACAUGGUAAAAUCACCGAUGAAGCUAUUAGGGAUUUCUUUAAAGAUUAUCGUCCUGCUCAAAUUUAUAUUUUUAGAGAUAAACCAAAGCGUGGUCCUAUUAACUUAAAGGGGAAUUAUGUUAGUGUUUUGGCGAAAGUUGACUCUUCACAAAUCAAACUUGAGGAUAUUAUUUCCAAUUUGAAGGCUCAGAAGCUUAAUGGAAGACAUGUGGAACUUCAACCUGCGUUGAAAUCAAAGGUGGAAGAGGCAUCUCUUGCUGCAAGCAGAUUGAAGCCUUUGCUUCUUACUUCGGGCGGUCCUCCCACUAAUGAUAGGAAAGCUUCAAAAGAAUCGAAGGUUGUUGUUGAACCACCUUCUGAAGAGGUGACCAUGGUUGAAGAAUCGUCCUCUGCUACUCAAGAAGUUAGUUAG